AUGACGUCGGAAAAUACCCCCGGUCACGUUGCCCACCAUGCAGACACAACCGCAUCUCAGAAAGUCCCCCUGCAGCGAUACUUGAACUCAUAUACGCCACCCGCGACUGCUCUCCAGCAGGAUGUGUUUCCGGACUCCACUGGCUCUGCGACAGAGCCGUUAUCGCUACCUGAGCACUCGUCUACAGGCAUACAAUCGCAUAACCGGAGCAGAUCACGUUCGAGGUCGAACUCCCGCAAACUCUCGAUAGGUCGGUUUUUUAGCUUUGGACAGGACUCCACGCAACCAAAGACCUACGUGCCUGAGCAAAGCACGACUCCAACUAUUGAUGAAUCGUCCUCGAACCAUCUCCAAACCCCGCCAACAACGAGCGAAGAGGCACAUCAGGACUACUUCAAUCUGAAUGUCUCCAACGGAGAGCUAGAUGACGAUGAGAUUACGAAGAACAGCGCACUAACCAAAAUCAAAAAGAUUUUCCGUUUCAACUCCGUCGCCGACGAAGACUUGCAUGCUGCUCAGGAAGGAGCGGUGGUAGAAAAUGAAGAGGAAGAGCGUCAAGAAAGCAACGGCAACUCACUCAUGAAGAAAUUUCGGCGCAUGAGGUCGCCCUCAAGCCCCGUUCAGCCUUAUUCUGUGCCUUCGAUCUCGCUCACCGCAGCCUCCGCAGAAUGCGACAUCGCGGAACAGGAGUACAUCAACCCUAUCAACGACUUUCAGGUUAAAUUGAAACACGACUAUUCUGUAAAUAACUCAACAACAACGCUUGACAACGGAUCCACAGAGGAAGAAGUGAGUGGGCCUCCCGAAAAGGAGCCAAAGGAAUUUAAGGAGCCUACGCCUCCAAGUUCGAAAUCUAUGUCCAUCCAGAAGAAGUUGAAACGGGUUGCGUCUGCCCCGCUUGGACUCAAACAGCUGGUUGAUACCAAUGCAGCGCCCGCCUCUGCCCCGGAAAUCAACGACAUAUCAAAACACAUAGGUGAAAUCAAGGUCACAAACUCCAACGGUUCUAGCUCACCAAGCAGCUCUGGAAGAAACUAUUCUAGCACUGGAAUAAAGGUGUCCAAUGUAGAAGUCACGCCGCAGUCAUUUGAGAAGCUUAAACUUCUCGGUAAAGGAGAUGUUGGAAAAGUGUACCUGGUGCGAGAGAAGUCGAACAAAAAACUAUAUGCGAUGAAAGUUCUGAACAAGAAGGAAAUGGUUGAGCGUAACAAGAUCAAGAGGGUAUUGGCAGAACAGGAAAUACUGGCCACGGCAUGCCACCCUUUCAUAGUUACGCUGUAUCACUCAUUCCAGUCUGAAGACCACCUUUAUUUGUGCAUGGAGUAUUGUAUGGGAGGAGAGUUCUUCAGAGCACUACAAACACGCAAGAUGAAAUGCAUUUCCGAGGCCGAUGCAAGAUUCUAUGCCUCUGAGGUUGUUGCCGCUUUAGAGUAUUUGCAUUUGAUGGGAUUUAUCUACAGAGACCUAAAACCAGAAAACAUUCUUUUGCAUCAGUCGGGACACAUCAUGUUGAGCGAUUUCGACCUGUCGAAGCAAACGGAUCACAUCAAGAGACCUGAAUUAGUCUCGUCGCACAAGUCUGCUACGAAUCUUCCUCAGCUGGACACGAACGCUUGCAUCAAUGGCUUUAGAACUAACUCCUUUGUUGGCACGGAGGAAUACAUUGCACCGGAGGUCAUUUGGGGUAAAGGUCACACUGCUGCCGUUGACUGGUGGACCCUCGGAAUAUUCAUCUACGAGAUGAUUUAUGGUAUCACGCCGUUCAAAGGGUCUACCCGGAACCAGACGUUUUCCAACAUUCUGAAAAAUGAGGUCACAUUCCCCGACUACAACUCAGUUUCUAGCAGCUGUCGCAACUUGAUAAAGAAACUCCUCAUCAAGGACGAGACAAAACGACUGGGCUCGCGCAGUGGCGCGUCGGAGAUCAAAACACACUCGUUCUUCAAAAACGUUCAAUGGGCUCUUCUCAGGAACCAGAAACCGCCAAUGAUCCCUGUGUUCACACAGAAAAAGGGCCGUCGUGACAGGGAGGGAAAGAUGACGCAGGGCUCCAUUGGAACGCUCAAGUCGAAGCGCAAGACCUCCUCCUCUCCCGCCCAUUCAAGCAAUACCCCGGACCCCUUUGAGAACUUCAGUUCGGUUACGAUUCAUCAUAACGACGAUAGCAAUGUGAUGCGGUUCGAGGGCACAGAGUUGGGAGAUAUAUCGUACACGCUAACCAAGCCGGACAACGUCAGCAGCAGACGGUUUUUGAAGAUGUGA